AUGUCGAGGCCCGAGCAUAUUGCUCCGCCCGAAGUCUUCUAUGGCGACACAGAGGCAAGCAAGUAUACGGACAACUCUCGUAUACAGUCUAUCCAGGCAGAGAUGGCCAUCCGCUGUCUCGAGCUACUCGCGCUCCCUCAAGCUGCUCGAGCUACUCUCAAGAACGGGCGAGAGGACGACGGCAAAAGCGACAGUGAGGACGACGACGACGACGAUGAUGAUGAUGCCAUGUCCAACAAUGAGGCUGCACCACAAGCAGAGCCCUCCUUCCUGCUCGAUAUCGGCUGUGGAUCCGGUCUCAGUGGCGAGAUCAUCACUGAACACGGUCAUCAAUGGGUGGGCAUCGACAUUGCUGCCAGCAUGCUAGGCAAGCUGGACACUGUUGAUGUACUUAAGCUGACACCGACAAUGCUCCUGACAGAGGUAGCCAUACAGCGCGAUGUCGAGGGCGAUCUCUUGCUGCAGGAUAUCGGUCAAGGCUUUGGCUUUCGCGCUGGCAUCUUUGAUGGCGCGGUCAGGCAAGUCCACUGUGUUGCAGUCGUAUCGGUCUUGCAAUGGCUCUGCAACGCAGACAAAUCGCAUCACUCGCCCGCACAGCGUCUGGCGACUUUCUUUACCACUCUCUUUGCAUCUCUCCGUCGAGGCGCUCGCGCAGUCUUCCAGUUCUACCCCGAAUCAGACGACCAGGUCACCUUCAUGAUGUCUAUCGCUACUCGAGCUGGCUUCGGAGGCGGUCUCGUUGUUGACUACCCCAACUCCAAGAAAGCGAAGAAGUUCUAUCUCGUUCUCUUCGCAGGGCAAGCCGACCUGUCAGGCCGGCCGUCCGCGCUGCCCGCAGCCCUUGGAACCGAAUCAGAUCCAACAAGGGUACAAUAUGAAGCGCAUAGACAGGACAGUGCGCCGUCAAAGCGCAGAAAGGGCAAACGCGCAAAGGAUACCGCGACCACUCAGAAGGAAUGGAUCGUCGCAAAGAAGGACAAGUACCGUCGCAAAGGCAAAGAGGGCAUCCCGACGGAUUCAAAGCGAGUCUGCCUAAUCUCUAGUGCCUAG